AUGUCGGAAUUUACAGAGAGCACAACUCCUGCCGCUUUUGAUCCAUCAGAUCAUACACAUCGUAGAUGGAACCCUCUCAGUAGAUCCCACGUUCUAUGCUCACCUCAUAGAACAAAGAGACCUUGGCAAGGUGCUCAAGAAGCAAAGGAAGCAAAUACUCUACCAUCCUACGAUGAAAAGUGUUAUCUCUGCCCUGGAAAUGCAAGAGCAGGUGGUGCAUUACAAAAUGAAAAGUAUGAGGCUACCUUCUUGUUCGAGAAUGACUUUGCUGCUUUGAAACCAGAAGCUGUAGCUCCCAUUCCCGAAGGCGUGGAAGGAAAUGCUCAUCCUCUAUUACAAAGCUCUCCUGCUCGUGGAAGAUGUUAUGUGUUGUGUUUCAACCCCUCUCAUAACAUUACAAUCGCUCAACUUACAUCCGCUCCUUAUUCGGCUGAAACUCACAUCGUUCCGAUCAUCAAUGCAUGGGUAGAAGCAUAUACAAAGAUUCACAGAGAAAACCCAUUUGUGAAAUACAUUCAGAUUUUUGAAAACAAAGGUUCAGCAAUGGGAUGUUCAAAUCCACAUCCGCAUGGACAAAUAUGGUCAAUGGACUAUAUCCCGGAAGAGCCUCAUCGUGAACUUGAAAGUAUGCGAGAUUAUGCAAACGAUCAAAAGAAUCUAGGAUGUGCAAAAGAUCAAUUCGGCAGACCAAGUUUGUUACUUACAUAUGCACAGCUGGAGAUGUCACUGCCAAACACACCAAGGGUAAUCACACAAAACGAUGAUUUCGUUGGCCUUGUGCCUUGGUGGGGCAUUUGGCCAUUCGAAGUGAUGAUCUUACCGCACAAGAGACAGAUACCUUCUUUACUCGAAAUGAACGAAAGCGAACGUGCAAAUUUGGCAAGCAUUCUUGGUGAAACUACAUGUCGAUUGGAUAACAUCUUUGAUUGCAGUUUCCCUUAUUCCAUGGGCAUCCAUCAACGUCCAAUUCCAGCAACCGUAGAUGAUCUUUGCCAGUAUGCUCAAUUCCACAUGCACUUCUAUCCUCCUCUACUACGAUCGGCUAGCGUGAGGAAAUUCUUGGUUGGCUUUGAAUUGAUGGGAGAACCACAACGAGAUCUUACACCCGAACAAGCUGCGACUAGAAUCCGCGAUUGCUCUACGAAGCACUAUCUGCAAAGGGAUCAAUAG